AUGAAAAAAUUUUAAGUACCAUGGAGUGUUAUCUGCUGCGUUGACCCUUAUUUUAUUAGUAGAAUUUUUUUUUUUUUUAAUUUUGACCACUUUUAGGGGUUGCUCAAAUGCCUCAAAAGUCAUAUUUUAGGCUUUUUUACCCUUUUUUAAGCCCAUUUUUCGCACGUUUGAGCAAGUACUAAAACUCAAAAAAAUUGAAUUUUUUUUUUUUCUAGAGUUUUUUCUAAGUUAGAAUAAAAAAAUUAAAAUGCAUGGUAAUUUUAUUUUAUUGAAAUAAUUUGUGUAAAUUUAUCUACAAAAACGCAAAGUUAUGCAAUUGUUGCGCUUCGCGUUAAUUUAAAAAUGUUGCGUAUUUGCUUAAACAUGUUGUGCAAAUUACUUAACAAAAACGAUAUUUAAUUUUGAUUUAAAAACGCGGGAAAUAAAUAUAGAUUACUCUUAUGAUAUACUUACUCCAUAUACUAAAUAAAGCUAUUUACUACCGAUUUAAUCAUGUCAGGGAAAAGUAAGAAAAAAGUUGACACACAUUUUUUGGUAAGGGAAUCCAGGUCAUCCUUACCAAAAGACAAGUUUGCUACAAAGCAAGAGGUUUUGCAAUACUUCUUGCAUUUGAAGGAGAAGUACCCAAAACAAAAAGAAAGUAGAAUUAUCCACUGUCCAUUGACAAAAAACUUUGAAAUCAGCUGCCAUAAUGAAAAACAUAUUUGCUGCACUCUUUUAAAGUUAAUUACACCUUGGUUGAAGGGUGGAUUUCAGAUUUUACAAUUACAGACAAUUAGUAUAAAGAUAGAGAAGCUGAUCCAAACCUGGAAACUGUUAAAAAAAAACAAAGCAAGACAAAAUUUAUCAGAGAUUUAAAAAAGGAUGAGGUUUUUAACUCAGAUGAAAAGUAUCUUUUGGAUUGCACCUGAGCUUGAUACUCUGGUUGCAAUCAUUAAAGCUGAUAGGAAACGAAAAGAUCAAGACAAGACUGAAGAUAUUGCAUUUUUAUUAGACCAAUUAGGAGAUAGAAAAACUAGAAUAGGUGGAAUCGGUACAAGGUACCUUUACUCUGUAAACAGGAGUUUAUCCAAAAUUAAAAGGAAAUCAAAUUUGCAUGAAACCAUGUCAGAGAGUGAAUUCAGCUCAAAUGGAUCGGAGAAAGAUGAAGGUAAUGAUGAUUUUUCAUACCCAGAUCCAGAGUUAAAGAAAAAAGUCAAAAAAACUAAUACUGUUAUGCUUCCAAAAGAUAUUCUCAAGAGAACUGCUGAUACUGCUGUUGGGGAAGGAAUAAGUCAUAGGCAGCAUGCUUCCAUGAUUAAUUGUAUAAUCGCGAAAUCGGGUGGAAAUGUAGCUGAAUUUAAAUCUUCAACCUCUACAGCAUUACGCGCUGCAGAUAAGGUCAUUCAUGAUGAAUCAAAGAGGAUCAAGGAUGAUUUAAGAAGUUUAAGAAAAAUCAAUAAGAACAUUUUAGUUCAACUCCAUUUUGAUGGAAAAGUAUGUCAUGAAUAUACUGAUGGGAAAAAAUUGGAACAAGAUCGAUUAGCAAUAUUAAUAAACGCUAACAAGGAAACGCACUUGUUGGGAAUUCCACCCAUUUCUUCUGGAACUGGCAAAAAUCAAAAAAUGCAAUCAGAGAUAUCUUAAAUAGCUUUAACCUUACAGACAAUAUACAAGCUGUAACAUUUGAUACUAGCAGAAUCAACGCUGGAAAAAAAAAUGGAGCUGUAUCUUUACUGGUAAAUGAAGUCUUUCAACGACCAGUUCUAUCUAUUGCAUGCCGACAUCAUGUCAAUGAGCUACACAUAACACAUUUCUAGAAAAAUUAUCAAAGUAGCAUUACUUCUGGACCAGAUAAUCUGCUUUUUAAA